UAACACCAUCAUAGUUGGCACAUACAGUUGUAGCCUACUCCUGCACUACGAACGAUUACUGUUCUUGAAGGCGACAAUCAUGGGAGACGGCAGAUGCAGUAACGGUGUCCAGCAUCAGGGCAUGACAGACGCCCAGCUGUUCGAAAGACAGUUUAAGGAGCUGGUGUCCGAGCUCACAGAGGAUGAUAUGACCGAUCCUGUCCUCACUGAUGCACUCAACAGACUCAGAGAGGUGCUGCUCUACAAUGCGCCCGGAGGCAAAAGGAACCGAGGCCUCUCUGUGAUUGGCUCUUUGCGAGAACUGGUCCCUCCAGCCAAACUGACCGCCGAUGAUGUUCAGCGUGCAGUGUUGGUUGGGUGGUGUAUUGAACUGCUCCAGGCUUUUUUCCUGGUGGCAGAUGACAUUAUGGACGCUUCACUGACCCGCAGAGGACAGCCUUGUUGGUAUAAGAGGGACGGAAUUGGUUUGGACGCCAUCAAUGAUGCAUUCCUUCUUGAGGGGGCUAUCUAUCGUAUUCUGCGCAGGCACUGCAGACGGCAGCCCUACUAUGUGCACUUGCUAGAGCUCUUCACAGAGACCUCCUUUCAGACAGAACUAGGACAGACGUUGGACUUGAUGACCGCUCCCCCUCAUAAAGUCGACCUGAACCGCUUCAGUAUGGAGAGGUAUAAAGCCAUUGUAAAGUACAAGACUGCAUUCUACUCCUUCUACCUCCCUGUGGCCGCAGCUAUGUACAUGGCUGGCAUUGAAAAUGAAGUUGAACACAACAAUGCUAAGCAUAUCUUACUGGAAAUGGGAGAGUUUUUUCAGAUUCAGGAUGACUAUCUGGAUUGCUAUGGCGACCCUGCGGUGACAGGAAAGAUUGGCACUGACAUCCAGGACAACAAAUGCAGCUGGCUGGUGGUGACGGCUCUGGGGAUCAUGACCCCUGAACAGAGGAAAGAGCUGGAGGUGUGUUACGGACGCAGUGACGCAGUGAGUGUGGAGAGGGUGAAGGCGCUGUAUGAUACGCUGGAGAUGCCCAUGCAGUAUCACGAGUACGAGGAGCAGAGCUACCAGCGGCUCCUAAAGCUCAUCGAGUGCCACGCCCAAAACCUGCCCCAUGCAGUCUUCCUCAACUUCGCUAAGAAGAUCUAUAAGAGGAACAAGUGAAGAGAGCUGCGGUGGACUUGGCUUGGAGGGUUUAUGAUGUAGGUGUUGGUGAAAGACAUACAUAGAUGAAAGGCCUGUUUGUUGACAAAAAUGUCAGUACUCUAAAAUGUCUGUAUAAAUCAUAUUUACUUUAUACAUAUGACAGAAUGGGUGUUUUUUUUUGUUUUUUUAGUAUAGGCCAAGGCUACUAGUCCUAACCAGCCAUACAGUAUGAUGGGUCCUAUGGAAUCCAUGGGACCUGUGAGAUUGUAAGAGAAAGAAUUAUGCAAUGAACCUUGCAUCAAUAUCACUCUGAAAUAACGUGUUAUUUCAAGAACUUGUGUGAACGUUACAAGAAAUAUUUGCAUUUUUCUGUUUCUGUUCUGAUCCAGGUUUUAUGAAAGGAAAGUCUGAGUUUUUCAAAUUACUUUAUAUAUCUGCCAAUGGGGGAAUUGUACUGUAUUUUAAUGGAGCUAAUUUAAUGUCAUUUGUAAAAAUUAAACCAAUGUUCAUGGAAUUAUGAAUUGGCAAUAAGAGACCACAGAAUAUACUGAAGACUCAGAUAAAGUGGUGAUGUGUGUGUGUGUGAUUGUCAGCCUUUUCUGUAAAAAGUGCUGUAAAUCAUAGAUGCUGCUUUUAAUAAAGAAACUAAAUUUU